GUUGCCAGAUCUCGCGAGAGUGUGUUGCUCAGACACAGACAGGCCUCGAACAAAGUUUAUGUUCUCCUGAUUUGUGUAUCUGAAAAGUGCCGUUUUAGCGUCAAAAUGUUCGGGAGAUAUGUGGCUUGUGAUAAAAAAAAAAUGGGUGCAGUGUCCAUGUGGGUGGCUAUGGGAGGGAGGAGGGCGGGAGAAUCAGUCCCUGUCUGUGCUGCCGUUCUCCCAGUGGACUGAGCAGACCCAGGACCUGCAGCUAACUGCACCGUCUCGUGUGUUUGAACUGUCUCUGGCGUGGAGACUGUGAGACUCAGAGGGAGGGGGUUAGCUAAAUGCUAGUUACGUGUUAUGUCAUCGCUAGCAAAAAGGUAACUUCUAGUAGGCACAACGGUAGAGCCUGAAUUUCUUCGGCUGGGCUAAAUAAAACCAGUGAGCAUGUUCGGAGCGGUGGUGGUUGGCAUCGGCACGGCAGGUCGGGUGAGGAUUAGAGACAUGUUAGCUCCCCUGUCUGGCAGUGCUGCAGAGAAGCUCAGCGUCAAAGGAUUCAUAUCCAGGAGAAGCCUGGACACCGAGCAGGGAGUGAGUCAGAUCUCAGCGGACGAGGCCGUGAGCAGAGAAGACAUCCACGUGGCGUUCGUCUGCACAGAGAAUGAGUCACAUGAGGACAAUGUCAGAGCGUUUCUGCGGGCGGGGAAACACGUCUGUGUCGAGUAUCCCAUGACCACAAACUACAAGGCUGCUGUGGAGCUCUGGGAUCUCGCUCAGGAAAAAGGAGUGAUUCUCCAUGAGGAACACAUAGAGCUGCUGACAGAAGAUUACAAAGCACUGAAGAGAGAGGUGGAAGGGAAAACCCUUCAGGAGGGUACACUCCAUUUUACAGGUGGAUCUCUGAAGCCUGGGUUUGGUUUCCCAGCAUUCACCGGCAUCGCUCGCCUCACCUGGUUGGUUGAGUUGUUUGGGGAGCUGUCAGUAAGCGCGGCAACCGUGGAGGACGACGCUGGUAACUACAGCAAGAUGACUGCGAAGCUGCUAACUUCAGACAACAGACCUCUGACCUGGAUCGAGGAACGGGGACCGGGCUUACCUAGGGCCAAGAACAUCAACUUUAAGUUUGACUCCUGCACUCUGACCCAAAUCCCUCCUGGACCCAGAGGAGCUGUGGGCCUCUUCAUGCAGGACCUGAUCCACUUCUCUGCCAAGCUGACAGGCCAAGUGAGUCCUGAGGAGCUCCAGAGAGAGAAAACCAGGAUCCUGCACUGCCUGGAACUGGCAGAGAAGAUACAACAACUUUGCCAAAAUUAAACGGGGACACACUAAAGUUUAGGAGUUUGAAAAACAGACUAACACAUAUUAACACAUACUAAAAUGAUGAAUGCAUUUUUAAACAUGGGUGCCUGAAAGCAGAAGAUCACGACUGUUGGAUCGAUCUCCAACCUCCGGAAAAGAUGAAGUUAACUACUCUCACUUGUAUGUUGUAAAAAAAAAAAAAAAAACAAAUUAGCAAAACUAACUGACUCAGUCUUAACAAGAAUCAUUGAAUUAGGUUACUGGUUUUUCAGUUCAGUCCUUUAAUAACCAUUCAGAUUCCAUCAUUGCUGUAUCACAGAGUAUUUCCAUACAUAUGAGGUAGGCAGAGUAUUAGGAACACCUCUGAACAUUAUAGGCACCAUAAGAGUUAACUUCAAUGCAGAACAGUUGAAUUGGACUAAGUUAACUUGAACACAUAUAUAUGAACAAAUUGGUGUCUCCUCGUGGGAGGACCACCUGCAGCACGUCCAGGCUCUGUCUGAUGGUUUGGCCUGGGCUCACCUCAUCACUAACCUGGCUAAGUGCCAGUUUGCUAAGGCAACAGUAACUUACUUACCUCAGUAAGACCAGGGUCAGGUGCACCCUGUUAGAGCAAAGGUGUUAGCCACUGACCAGUUUCCUGUUUCCACCAUGAAGAAGGAGCUGUCCUCCAUCCAGGCUGUGGUGGGAGACCUCAGUAGCUGCUCCACUCACAGCUUCUCAUGGAUGGACCAGCCUUUAAAACA